AUGAAGCCGCCGUGGAUUUUGCCCACUCCCUUGAACUCGUACCAUGAGAUGUCGACGUCCGUGCGCCAGUCGUCGGUGUUGAAAGGCUCCGUGCCCCUGAAUGCCACUGUGAUUAGGUUGGGGCCCACAUUUUUGUUCUGGAAAAUCAUCGCGUUUGUCGUCUUUGAUAGUUUUGAUGCCAUCAUAGCCAGGGCUGCGUUGUAUUUGUUGCUCUCAGUUGCAAUAUUUGUGUCUAAUUCCAAUCUUCUGUCCACAUUUGCAGCCGUUGAUUUAAAUGUUGCUGAUGUUUUAUCUGGUAUCACGAGCCUCCCUAAAUUAUAA